AUGGACAAAGUUGCAAAUCACCCUGAUCCAAAUGUCAAAGAUUUGACAUUUCCUAAAGGCCUAGCUUGGGGUAAUAGCAUGGAUCGCCCCUUAACUGUAGCUCAAUUAAGCCAUUUUGAUUGCGGAGGAAUAGCACUCAGCGUCUGCCUGACGCACAAAAUAGGAGACGCAUGCGCUGCCCUUUAUUUCUUGAGGGAUUGGGCUACAUUAACUCGAAAUACAAAUACAAGCCCGUCUCCUUAUUUUGUCGGGGACACCAUUUUCCCAUCGCCAAUGGGCGAUGGGCCAUUGGUUCACCCUGUUACUGGUACAAUUGCAGACAGUACCAAUGACCAUUGUGUCCAAAAGCGUUUUCAUUUCUCCAGCACAAAGAUAAGUGCAUUAAAAUCCUCAAUUGCCGUGCAAAAUGCAACGAGUAGCGAGGUUGUAAAUGCGCUUCUCUACAAAUGUGCCGCCUUUUCUACCGCCGCAGUCAAUUCAGGUUCAUUCAAGCGAUCUCAGUUGAUCCAGCUCUUUGAUUUGCGAACAUCAAUCUCACCCCAGCUACCACCAAACUCCAUAGGAAAUCUCCUUACCAUAUUCUCCUCACCGAUAUACCACAACGAGGAAGAACUCAAGUUACCAAAAUUAGUAACCGAUUUUAGGAAGUCGAAAAACAGUCUCUCCACAAGAAAUAAUGUUGAAGAAAAUGAGCUGGCUACAGAAAUGCUGGAUGCAUAUAGAACAGGGAAGGCGCCGUACCAUAAAAGGAAAUGUGAUGUCUACGUUUCGAGUAGCAUAUGUAAGUUCCCAAUAAUACAAGAUUUAGAUUUCGGAUUUGGGAAGCCAAUUAGAGCAAGCUUGGCAAAGGGUACAUAUAACAAGGAGGUUUGGUUGAUGAGGACAAGUGAUGGAGGAAUUGAAGCAUUAGUUCACUUGAAUGAAGAAGAAAUGUGUGUGUUCGAGCAAGACGAGCACCUUCUUGAAUUUGCUACUCCCUCUGCUCGUUAA